UCGGUCCAUCCCACUUUGCCAAAAGGCCGUCGUCCCAAGGUGCCUGAUUUCCGCCUGUUGUCGAUCAAUCCAUCAGCCGCCACAAUUUGCGACAAUAAUGCCUUUCCACUAACCGCAACCCUGCGACUCCUCUUCGUGAUAUCACUCGGCAGUCUACUCGAAAGGCCUUCCUAUUAUUUCUUCCGUUUCGAUCAACGUCCAUAGAUGAUUGGUUAUCACCCUGGUAAAGUAAUCGGGUUUAUCAGAUACCGGCAAUCAUCCCGCCGCCCAGUCAACGAAUGCUCUCACCCUUCCCUUGGGUCGCGCCUCAUUCUUAGAAACGGCGCGAUACUCAAAUCUCUUCUGGCUCGAAACCAGGCCCCAUUCUCGAGAUGCCCAACGACAACCUCCUCACCGACGAAUAUGUCGCCGAGCUGCUGGCUAAAGAGGCAGACGACUGCUCGCUAAAGUACUCCAGCAUGGGCAUGGAUGCGUUCCGCACCGACAAGAAACCGGCAAACAUGCCCAAGCCAAACACGCGUUUCCUGCGUCACAUCAUCAAGGACACCAACACGCACAACAAGAACCUCCUCGCCAGGGAGGCGACCGAGUCCCGCGCGCGGCUGAAGGACCUCGAACACGCCGAAGAGAAGGAGAGGCGGAGGAAGGCCGGGCCCCAGGACAUCCGCAGGCGGCAGAUGGGCGACAUCAAGGCCAUCCUGGGAGACCGCAAGGGCACGCCCGGCCGCGCAGGGCGAGCCGACAAAGAGAAACCGCAGACCAAGGACGAGGCGCCGCAGGGAGGAGGGUUCUCGAUCAAGGGCAGCAGCGGUCGGCGGGCGACGCACGAGCGGGAGCGCGGGUCUGCCGGCGACGGCGACGGCGGCGGCGGUGACGUGUCCGACUCGGACCCGCUGGACGACUUCAUCGGGCCGGCGCCGCCGCAGCAGGUCCGAUCGCGGGGCCGCGGCGCGGCGGCGGGGACGUCGGGGAUCGACAAGCGCUUCGAGGCGGACUACGACCCCAAGGCGGACGUGGAGAUGGCGGAGGCCGGGGCGGGGGCGGGGGACUGGGACGACGCCGUGGAGGCGUUCCGGGACCGGCGGAAGUGGCGGCAGAACCAGGAGCAGCGGAUGCGGGCGGCGGGGUACAGCGACGAGAUGAUCAAGAAGUGGAGGGAGGGCGGCGGCGGCGGCGCGGGCGGCGAGCAGAGGGACGAGCGGGACGUGCGGUGGGCCAAGGCCGGGGAGAAGCGGGAGUGGGAUCGCGGCAAGGAGGAGGAGGAGGGGGUCAGCGGGCUGUUUUCCGAGUUCAACUGA